CCUGAUCGAAACAAACGCACAGGCUGCUUUUGUACAAUUUCGUGGGCUGUGCCAAAAUACACUACCCUUGAUGAAUGGGCUUUUGAAGGUCUCUGUUCCACGGACUGGAUGGUGUGUGCUGACAUCACCGAUUCACCACCAUGCCGUCGACAGCUGCCAUCGUCAGCGGCGUGCAGAAACUGGUCCUGUAUGAGACAAGAGCGCGGUAUUUUCUGGUUGGGAGUAAUCACGCGCAAACAAAACACCGCGUUUUGAAAAUCGAUCGCACAGAACCUAAGGACUUGGUGAUUAUUGAUGACAAACAUGUUUACAAUCAACAAGAAGUGCGAGAGCUCCUGGGACGCCUGGACCUGGGGAAUCGGACCAAAAUUGGCCAGAAGGGGUCUUCGGGUUUGUCACGGGCAGUGUCUGCCUAUGGCAUCGUCGGUUUUGUCCGUUUCCUGGAGGGCUAUUACAUCAUCCUGAUCACGAAACGGAGAAAGAUGGCUGACAUCGGGGGACACUCAAUAUAUAAGAUAGAGGACACAAAUAUGAUCUACAUUCCCAAUGACUCUGUGCGGGUCACCCAUCCGGAUGAAGCCAGAUACGUGAGGAUCUUCCAGAAUGUGGAUCUGUCCAGUAACUUUUACUUCAGCUACAGCUAUGACCUCAGUCACUCCCUGCAGUAUAACCUGACCCUCCUGAACAUGCCCUUUGACCUGGGCAAGGGGGAGUCGGAGGAGGAGGAGGAGGAGGUCCACGAACAGAGCCGGCAGGACAGUUUCGACAUCUUUGAGGAUGAGGGCCUUCCCACUCAAGUUGUUCUUGGGAUUAGGAAUGAACCAUAUGCCAAGUAUGUGUGGAACGGGAAACUUCUGGAAAAGAUCAAAGACAUCGUCCACCCUGACUGGCUGAUGUACAUCAUCCAUGGAUUCUGUGGCCAGUCCAAGCUGCUCAUCUACGGCAGGCCUGUCCAUGUCACCCUCAUCGCCAGGAGAUCCAGCAAAUUUGCAGGGACCCGCUUCCUGAAGAGAGGAGCCAACUGCGAGGGCGACGUGGCCAAUGAGGUGGAAACGGAGCAGAUCAUCCAUGAUGCCUCAGUCAUGUCCUUCACCGCGGGGAGUUACUCUUCCUAUGUGCAGGUCAGGGGCUCUGUCCCCUUGUACUGGUCUCAGGACAUCUCCACCAUGAUGCCCAAACCGCCCAUCCGCUUGGACCAGGCGGACCCCUAUGCCCACGUCGCCGCCCUGCACUUUGACCAGAUGCUCCAGCGCUUCGGGUCUCCCAUAAUCAUCCUCAACCUCGUCAAGAAACGAGAGAAACGGAAACAUGAGAAGAUUCUGAGCGAAGAGCUCUACCCUGCGAUCAUCAACCUCAACCAGUUCCUUCCCCCAGACCACUGCAUUGACUACAUUGCUUGGGACAUGGCCCGCUACACCAAGAGUACACUGUGCAAUGUGCUGGACCGGCUCAGCCUCAUAGCAGAGAGCGUGGUCAAAAGGACGGGCUUCUUCGUCAACCGGUCUGACUUCUACAGCCACGCCCUGCGGCCGGACGAAAGGUGGGGGGAUUUGGGAGGAUACGUCACUUCACAUGGCCGUAUGCAGACGGGGGUGCUGCGGACUAACUGUGUGGACUGCCUGGACCGCACGAACACUGCCCAGUUCAUGGUGGGGAAGUGUGCUCUGGCAUACCAGCUGUACGCUCUGGGCAUGAUCGACAAACCCAAACUACAGUUUGACACUGACUGUGUCAGGUUGUUUGAGGAGUUGUACGAGGACCAUGGGGACACCCUCUCCCUGCAGUAUGGGGGCUCACAGCUGGUGCACAGGGUGAAGACCUACCGAAAAAUCGCCCCCUGGACUCAGCACUCCAAAGACAUCAUGCAGACCCUAUCCCGCUACUACAGCAAUGCUUUCUCCGAUGCAGACAGACAGGACGCCAUCAACCUUUUCCUCCAGGUGUUCCAGCCGUCCGAGGCCAAACCCCACCUGUGGGAGCUGCCCACAGACUUCUACCUGCACCAGAAGAACAGCAUGGAGCUUCUCCAUGAGAGACGCAGUUACACAUAUUGGUGGUCUGAGGGGAUACUGUCCUACCUGCCUCUACCAUAUGACGAAGUUCCUUGUGAGGACAACGUGAAUAAGGUGGCAGUGAAGAAGUUGACCCGAUAUGACGAGAGCAUCGACAUCUACUCUGAAUUCUUCAAGCCCUAUGAGCUGAGUUCCUUUGACGACACCUUCUGCAUGGCCAUGACCAACUCCGCACGGGAGUUCAUGCCAAAGACGGUGGGGAUCGACCCAAGCCCUUUUACUGUACGGAAGCCUGAGGAGACUGGGAAAUCCGUUUUGGGCAACAAGGCCAACAAGGAGGAGGCGGUGCUGCAGCGCAAGACGGCGGCGAGCGCCCCGCCUCCGCCCAGCGAGGAGGCCAUCUCCAGCAGCUCCGAGGACGACUCCGAGGAGGACAAGGAGGACGACGGCACCGUCUCCCAGCGCUCCACGCCCGUCAAGCUGGCCGACUCGGGAGACAGCGCCCGCAUGCAGGAGGAUGUGCCGCACCACCCGAUGAAGGAGACGUAUGGCCUCAAUCUGUCCGAAUUUCCUGCAGAAGACGACAUGAUGAUCUACCGCAGGUUUGUCCAUCUUGGUCAGAACCAGCAUAAAGUGGAGAGGACGGGCCAGGUGUCCGACCCCAAACACCUGGAAAAUGUCAUCAACUUGAGCCCGGUCUCCUACUUCACGGAGGACAGCAUCUAUGAGGUGCAGCUGCCCAAAGUGGACAAGACGAGCCGGGAGCUGUUCGAGAGCCACAUCCAGACGGGGCAGGGCCUGGUGAGGACGCUGUGCCGGGAGGAUGUCCUCAUGUACCGCGAGUACAUCAAGAACAGAUACAUGUAGGGAGGCCGGCGUGCCAGGUCCCGGCUUCACCCCUGUCUGCCCGGCAGGAGAGGGCAGGAGGCAGCAGGCCCUGAGGGGCUGCUCCAGCAGAAAACCUCACUCUA